CGGGCACAGCCGAGUCACGUUAGUUUGCUGCAGGGUUUUUCCCCCUCGCACGGACCCGCGGACAGCCAGGGCUCUCUGUCAUCAGCUCCCGAUGCAGGUGAAGAACAGCAACCCGGCGGCCAUGGAGAGAUCGGAUCUGGCCUCGCUCUUCUGCAUGAUCGGACGGCACGGCCCCGCAGUGGCCGUGAUGGCCGUGGUGUCCGUGCUGGCGGGUCUGCUCCUCUACCGGAGCGUGAGGGGGAAGCGGAGGAGGGCCGAGGCCGAGGCGGGCGACGGCGAGCGGGACGAGCCGCGGCUGCGGCCGGAGCCGGAGACGCUGCGCGGCGUGGAGGCAACAGGUCCGAGUGAGGAAGCCCUGCCAGAUACUAAGAAUGCACCUCUCAGGAAUCGACGUGCAGCUGCUGAACCGAAGCCUCAACAUCAUUGUCCUCCUAAAAUGGGCUUUGAGCCAGAUGAGCCCCACACAUCACUUGUGCUCAGCUCUGUUGAUGUUGCAGGGAGUUGUGCAGAAGAAACCCACACAAACCUGAAAGUUGACCUCAUAGGAGCUGUGGAUACAUAUGCUUGCCACCAGGAUUUAAUAAAUGCCGUGAAAGAGGUCUGCGACGAGAUAUGUGCGAGUCCCGAAGAGGUGCCAGAAUCAGAGGGAGAAACUGUGACAGAUGUUUCAUGUGAGAAAAUCUUUCAGAAAGAGGCUCCUGUGUGCAUUUCAAACAGCCCAGUUUUCUCCAAACCAAACGUUCAAACAAGUCAAAGGGAAGAUGGUGAGACACCACAAGCGGCCAUGGAGUCGUAUGUGGAACAGCAGGUCGUUGCUACGGAUGUACCCAUCGCUGUCAAAGAGGCAGAGGUUAAAAUGGAGAACUUGCAUAGUGAUGCUAUUGAGUUUUCUGACUAUGACUGUAACUGCCCCUCUCUAGAGGAAGAAAUGAAAGAGGGUCAACCGACUGCUUUACAACAUGAGCCCGAGUCUUUGCAGCAUGAAGAUGUUACCGAGGAUGAUCAGAAUGCUGAUCAUAGUCUCGUCAGUGAAGUGAUGGAGAAAGAUGUGGGUGAAGACCCUUCGAAAGUUGAUGUAACGGUACUGAAACCUGAGGAAAAAGUAAUUGCCGACCAUGAAGAGGAGAAAAUGCCGUCCAGUGGUGAAGAACAUGGUGUGUUAAGUGAAGUACUUGGUCCAGCUUUGGAAUGUUUGAACCUGUCAACUGAACCACAGCUUGAAAUUAGUGGUAACAGGCUGUGUUUUCCAGAAACUGUUCCCAGUCCUUUUCCUGAUCCUGCACAUCUUAAGGAAAAUCAGCAUGAAAAGAGUGACGCAGUUGAAAUUAAAAGUGUUGGCCAUCUCGAGUUCUCGUUCCAAAGGGACCCAGACGUAAUCACUUAUGAAAAAGUUACUUUAACGGCUCCUGAGAAAACCACAGAAGUGCUGCCUUCCCUCCACGAAGAUAAAUUUGACCAGAUGCAGAAUAUUGAGGCUCCCGACAUGACUGAGGGCAUCAAACCACCCAUCUGUCAAAUUCAACCUCUCACUUUUGACAAAAGUGAACUCACUUGGUCCUCUUAUGGAGUUGGGGAAGAGAGCGGGAUUUCGAGUAUGACCGUCAGCCCUGAUUUACAAGAUCCUUAUGAGUGCGACAUGACUCCUGAGAAGUUGGCCCUCUCUGUACUGCAUCAUUGUCCACAGGGUGAGGCUCAGAGCAGGUUCUUCUCUGACGUAGUCGCCACUAAUGAAUCCGACCAGAGUAUUGUUCCCGCUGUAUCUUCAUCACAGCAGUGCCAAAGUAAAAGUCCAGAUGAGUCUCGUACGUCUAUUGAAGACGCUCGGGACGGGGCGGUGGGCCGUUCUGUAGUGCUGGUUGCAGCCGGUGACACUUUAGCUGGUGAGCUGAAAAAGGCUGUGGAUGGAAAAGCUGACCUUGAAGGGGCAGAGAAGGAGGGAGAUGAGAUAAAGACUGAAAUCAGCAUCAUGGAGGCAACUAUGGACAAUAACGAGUGGAUCACAGAUGGUAACUAUCACGUAAAUUCCUGGAUAAACUUAUCGGUUCCGUCUUCAGCCCAAAAUUCACAAACUGACGCAGAGGCUGAACAAAAUGACACCCGUUCCCUCCCUGAUAAGGACUCUGAAACCAGCAGAAAGAUUUUAGCGGUCCAGCCCAUGCCCCAAAAUGUCAAUGUAACCUUCUGCACCCACUAUCUCACUCAGUCGCCGUAUCAGAAAGUGGCCGUCACGGGGAACCAGCAGGAGUUGGGCCACUGGAAGGGAUUUGUUCCACUACAGAGUGCCAAAGACGGGCACUGGGCCGCUGUGGUCCGCCUGCCUGCCGAGAACCACGUGGAGUGGAAGUUCGUGGUGGUGGAUAAAGGCGAGGUGUGUCGCUGGGAGGAGUGUGGUAACCGACUCCUCGAUACAGGUCACGGAGACGAUCUGCAUGUGCACAAAUGGUGGGGAUUCCACUGAAGAGGGCGGAAGAGUUAGAGGGGUUUGGGUAAUAAGCUGGACAAGAUGAAGGGAUAUUUUAUGAAAGUGGGUUAAUGGGUGGGGGGGG